AACUGCCAAGGAACUGCUGUUCAUCUCUUCUGGCUUCCCUGGCUUCCUUCAAGUCUCAGGUCCAGGCUGAAGGAGUUCUAAGACUUCAGGACUCUAUCCAAAGCCAUGGCUAACCCAAAAUGGCCUGGUCAGAAGACAGCUGAGUUGCCUCUGGACAUCAACAUCCGUGAUCCUCGAUGGGACCAGAACACCUUUGUGGGCCGAGCUAGGCAUUUCUUCACUGUCACCAACCCCCUGAACCUUCUACUAUCUGACAAGGAACUGUAUGAUGCCCAAACCAUUGUGAAAAACUACAAGGCCGGGAUCGUGACCCCUGGGCUGACCGAAGAUGAGCUAUGGAAGGCCAAGUAUAAAUAUGACUCAGCCUUCCACCCUGACACUGACCAGAAGAUCUACCUCAUUGGCCGAAUGUCAGCCCAAGCGCCCAUGAAUAUGAUCCUGUGUGGCUGCAUGCUCACUUUCCAUAAGAGCAUUGUAUCUGUGAUGUUCUGGCAGUGGGUGAACCAGUCCUUCAAUGCUAUUGUCAACUACUCCAAUAGAAACGGAAAUGUAACAGCUACCGAGAGGCAGCUGGGAGUAGCUUACAUGAGUGCUACCACUGGGGCUGUGGCCACUGCUCUGGGACUCAAAGCCCUCACCGGACAUCUACCUAGCCUGGUUGGCCGCUUCAUCCCACUAACGGCUGUGUGUGCUGCCAACUGCAUCAACAUCCCACUGAUGCGGGAGAGGGAGAUUCAGAUGGGAGUCCCCGUGACUGAUGACACUGGCCAUAAGUUAGGCUAUUCUUCAAGGGCAGCUCAGAAGGGCAUCUUCCAGGUGGUGAUAUCCCGGAUCACAAUGGCUUUCCCUUCUCUGACCAUACCUCCUCUAAUUAUGAAUGAAUUGGAGAAAAAAGACUUCUUGAAGAAAAGACCAUGGCUCUCAGCCACUGUGCAGGUGGGGUUGAUCGGCAUUCUUCAGGUGAUUGCCACUCCCCUGUGCUGUGCACUUUUUCCCCAAAGGAGUUCCAUUCUAGUGAAAAACCUAGAGCCAGAGCUCAGAGCUCAGAUCAAGGAAAAGAGCCCAAACACUGAGGUUGUUUACUUCAACAAGGGACUAUGAGAGGAAGUCUAUCCCAAGACUCUUCACUCCUACCACAACCUCUAGCUUCCUGCCACUGAUUCUGCUGCAUCUCAGCUGUGGUAUCUCUUCUGCCCUCCCUAAUUCUCACUCAUGCUCUCUGCUCUAUCCUGCUCUCAGGGGAUGUACCUCCAGUAUCCCCUAGAAUCUAAACAACUGAAGCUUACCUUUUUCUUGUACUGAAAAGGCAUACACCCCCUCCUCCCAUCAAGUCCUAAAGAUCAGGGGAUGACACACAGCCAUUAAGGGUAAUGGUGGUGGAAAGUAUCCACCAGGCUGUUACAGAAGAACAAAAAAAGUAGCCAGUGUGAACUUUCAGGACCUUGUCCCAUACUGGCUUGGGGGGUGGGCAGCAUUAUGGGCUAGAAAUUGUUUACUCAGUUCCUGAUAUCCCAAGUUUUUCUCUACAAACUCAGGGUUGGGGGGGGGAGCAGAAAAGAAAUUCGCAUAGGGACAUCCAACCCUCUCCUUCCCAUUAGAACAAAGUGUAUAUAUGUGUUUGUUUGUGUUCCCUUGAUUGCCUGGAGAGAGUUUUUCUCUCGAAUGAAGCAGAGCAACCGCAGGAUGUACAUGAAGUUGUGAAGACUGAGAGGCAGGUGGUGAUACCAGGACCUAAAUACUCUCCAGCUUAAGAAUUCACCCAGUCCUUUGCAGGAUCCAGGAAGGAUGAGUUCAUACUGGCUCCCCACCCACACCCUGUCUUGGGGAGAACAAAGGUCAGGCGAUCACUUGUGAAUGUGUACCCACAGUUUAAGUGACUGGACUUGUGUCUCUGAUUGUGAUUAUGACACCAGUUUGUCUGUUGUAAGUACAUGAUUAUACUGGAAUGUCUAUGAGGGUCUACUUGUAUGAGUCUGGCAUAUCCAUAUUUCUGUAACGGUGUAUCCUUAUGCGUGAUUCUGUUGCUAUCAGAGCCAACAUAGUCCUAGGUAACGGGGAGCCCACAGCAUUAACAAACAUUUUUUGUUCUUUGAAUUUUGGGUUUCAAAUUAAUUAAAAGCCUCUUUCAGCCCACAGUUUGAUGCCUUCUCCCAACCUUAGUCUCUGGACAGUUAGUAGUGAUGGCAUAUGAAUGGUGGAGGGUAUCUGGUGUGGGUGGGUAUGUCUGAGACUUUCCAUCAUUCAUCUCAGAUAACAUAAGACCUUUAUCAUCAUGAUUGAGCCCAAAUGUGGUAGAUCAGAGGAAGCUCAGGGGUACCGCUUACAAUCAAAGCCCCUCUCACCUAUAAUCUUGCUCUCUAUCUCUCCUUCUCAUUCUCCCAACUACUACCAGCAAUGGCUCCCUUGAUGCAAGUGUUCAUACCGAAAUAAAACUGAUACUUUAG